AUGGUUAACGGUGAGGAAUUAAAUGGAGGCAAUGCGGUGACGGUAGUGGCUUCACAACGAUUUCCCGAGUUCGUUGCGGCAGAUCCCGAGAUGUGGUUCGCGAUGGUCGAAUCUCAAUUUUUAAGAAACCGCAUCAUCGAUAAGCAGCAGCAGUACCUGCAAGUAUUAUCAUCAAUACCUUCGCGGUACGUGACCGAAGUGCGGGACAUCAUUAUGAAACCGCUUUCUGCUGCCCUGUACGACGAGCUGAAAGAGCAGCUUAUCAAAAGGUUGAGCAUCAGUCAAGAGGAGAAGACCCGCAAGCUGCUUGAAGGAGAGAAAAUGGGCGACGAGAAACCGUCGCAAUAUCUUCGCCGAUUGCAAGCGCAAGCUGGAUCAUCAUUUCCUGACAGUCUUCUCAAGACACUGUGGCUACGGGGUUUACCGGAAAAGUAUCAAACGGCGAUGGCCACCCAGCAGGAAAAGGGCGUCACAGCUAUGGCAGAGGUCGCCGACAUUAUUCAUGGAUUGCUGCCCUCGCGCCCGUCAAUCUCAGAGGUGGCGGUGACGCAGGAUACACAACUUGCCCUAGCGAUGCAACAACUGCGCCUAGAGAUAGCGGAGAUCAAGAACCAUCUAGGCAGCAUGAACUCCCGUGGAAAGGAAGCAGAAUUUUAUAGGCGCGGCAGAUCCCAGACACCCCAUCGAGGUUAG